AUGGCUGGAGUCAAACGCCCCGUCGACGCGGCCGAAGAUCGCAAUGGAAAGCGGAGCAAGACGAAGACAGCCUCCGUAUCGAAGUCCAAGACCGCUGCGCCCGUGAAGAAGUCUAGCUCGAAGAAGGAAAUCAAGUCAAAGAAGGAAGACAAGAAGAAGGCUCCCAAGAAGAAAGUUCAGGAGGAUUCUGAGGACGAUGAUGAGGACGAGGACGACUUCGAUAUCGACGAUAUUUCCGACGAUGACCUUGAUGCUAUUGACGAGAGCCCGGAAGAUGAUGUCGACAUGGAAGAUGCGAGCGACGAGCAGGAAGAGGAGGAGAAGUCUGCCAAGCAGGACAACAAGCACCAGAAGGUUGCCGACGAGGCGAAGAGCAAUGCGUCUCGUGAGUCCCACGCCAAGCAAAAGGCGCUUCAGCAGGAGCGCAAGGCCGCCAAGCCCAAUGCCGAUCAGAUCGCACGUUCGAAAAAGCUGUGGGAGCAGCUGCGCCGCAAGUCCCACGUCAAACUUGAAGACCGCAAGAAGCUCAUCAGUGAGCUGUUCGAGAUCGUCACCGGCCGUGUCCGUGAUUUUGUUUUCAAGCACGACUCCGUCCGAGUCAUCCAGACUGCUCUUAAAUACGGCAACCUCGAGCAGCGAAAGCAGAUUGCACAGGAGUUGAAGGGCAGCUACAAGGAGCUGGCACAGAGCCGCUACGCCAAAUUCUUGGUCGGCAAGCUGAUUGUGCAUGGUGACAACGAGACCCGUGACAUGAUUAUUCCCGAGUUCUAUGGCCAUGUCAGGCGCCUUAUUCGUCAUCCGGAGGGGUCGUGGAUUCUCGAUGAUAUCUAUCGUACCGUUGCGACCAAGGCUCAGAAGACCCGCUUGCUGCGCGAGUGGUAUGGUGCCGAAUUCGUUAUCUUCCAGGAGGACAAGGAGCCCUCGUCCGACUUGCCCAAGAUCUUGGAGGCUCACCCCGAGAAGCGGGGCCCUAUUAUGAACUACUUGCACGAGCUCAUCAAUCAGUUGGUUCAGAAGAAGAGCACUGGUUUCACCAUGCUGCACGACGCUAUGUUGCAAUACUUCCUCGCUACCAAGCCCGGAAGCACAGAAGCGAACGAGUUCAUCGAGCUGCUCAAGGGCGACGAAGAAGGUGAUCUGGUCAAGAACUUGGCCUUCACCCAGUCUGGCUCGCGCCUGAUGUCCCUGACUCUGGCUUACGCCAACGCCAAGGACCGCAAGCUGCUCCUACGAUUCUACAGAGACACCAUCAAGGCCAUGGCUGGUGAUUUGAACGGCCACAUGGUUCUCCUUGCUGCCUACGAAGUUGUGGACGAUACUAAGUUGAGCGCUAAGUCUAUCUUCAGUGAGCUGUUGAACCAGAACGAUCCGGAGGAGACCCGGAACGAGGAGUUGUGCUACCAGGUCAACGACCUGACCGCCCGUAUCGCAGUUCUAUACCCCUUCGCUGGCGAACGUGUCAAGUGGCUUCUGCCCGAAGCGGACCAGGAGGUCCUCAAGGAGGUUCGUGAGAUCCGCAAGGAAACUUCCAAGAAAGAACCCGCCACCCGUCGUCUGGAGCUGGUCAAGGCCGCCUCUCCCACCCUGCUUGCAUUCAUUGCUGCCCGCGCCGAGACCCUCUUGGAGACUACAAUGGGAUGCCAGUUCAUCGGUGAGGUGUUGUUCGAGGCUGAUGGCGACAAGACCGCCGCCCUGCAAGGUGUGGCUCAGGCCGCUAAGACCAAGUCUGAGACACGCGACUCUGCCUCCGUUGGACGUCUGCUCAAGUCGCUCGUACAGGGCGGCCGCUUCAACCCCGCCACUAAGAGCGUGGAGAAGGUCGAGCCAGCGCUCAAUUUCCACGAUCUACUGUACGAGCAGAUCAGUGACGAGGUGAUGGAGUGGGCCACAGGCGCCAACCCCUUCGUGAUUGUCGCCCUGACUGAAUCGGACGAUUUCUCGAAGAAGGAUGAGCUGCUCAAGACACUGAAGAAGAACAAGAAGGCGUUGGAAAAGGCGUCAGUGCCCGGCAAAGAUGAGAAGAAGCCGGGACCCACGAGCAGUGGAGCGAAGAUCCUGCUACAGAAGCUAUAG